UUGGGCUAUAUCUCGCUCCCUCAUUGUCAAUGCUAGGUUUCUCAUCCGCAUUUUUAUCUAGUCUAUCUAUUUUGUCUAUGUAGCAAGUUUGUAUUGUGGUUUGUAUUUUAAUUAAAAACAGUGAUAUGCAGGAGAACUUAGUGAACGAUAUUGUGGAGCUCUAUAAAGAGAAGAAAUGGAAGGACAUAGUGGAGAAGUAUCACGAUCAUCCAGAUAGGAACAAGUUACUGUGGGUGUUUCCCUCUGAGGAGAAUUUGAGUUUUCUUCGGAAACACUUGCAGCGGUUGCGUUGUGAUAAAGUGCUGAGUAUUGGCUGCGGGAGUGGGCUGCUGGAGUGGAUAAUUACGGAGGCUACGGGUAUACCGGUAUCAGGAGUAGAGAUAGACGGGGCGUGGUGGCACUGCAAGUACGCCCCACCCACGUUUAUACCCCUCCUCUUCACUGCCAACAAGUUAGAAAGAGACAUCAUAACGCUACUUCAAGAAUCACACAAUACAGCCCUCUUGUUUUGUUACUUCAACAAUAGAGAGGCAUUUAAGGAGUAUUUGAAGUACUUCUCGGGAAAAGUCGUAGUUAUUAUUGGGCCUGCAAAUGGAAAAGGCGUCCAUACCGACCCCAGACCAUUCGGCGGGAUCAGCGAAGAAUGGAUACUGUACCACAGCCAAGAAGUCAGGGAUAGCAAAGAUUUCAUCGCAAUAUAUUCCAGAAAUUGUUUAUAAAUAACAAGGCAUCAUUCCAAUAAAAUGUUCAACAUAAUAUUGUAUUUAUAGAUAACAGUCUUUUAAAUGCAUAUACACAUACAAAGUUAUGUAAUAUUUACAUAUUUCUACAUUAAACAACUUACAAUAAUCAAUUUUUCAUUAAUUCAAUAUUUUUAACAUUUAUUUUAUUAGUAGACGGUCUCACUGACGUAUUCAUCAUAGGAUCCUUUUUGCCCUGUAUAAAGUUUUGGAAGUCGUUAUUCGAGUUAUCGGGAGGAACGAUAUCUAAAUUGUCUUUUUGGUUGAUAAUAGGCAUCUCCGUUACUAUUCUGUUCAUUUCGCUCACAGCAACUUCAGGCAUGUUAUUUGCGGGAACAUCAUUUUCUAAGAAGUGGAAAUCAUUGUGCAUCACAUACAAAGACUCGAGAGGGAAGUUCAUGUCGAAUCGCGGCAGCAACUUGUUGUCGUCCGAAUUAUCAUCGAUCUCGAUGACGUCAGUCUGUUCAUCAGAGACUUCGGGAAGAACCA